UGAUUUAGAACCGUCCUUCUUCUACAUAUCUUCUGGUCUCGUCUGCACAUCCAACUCCCCGCUUGAUCUACAUUAGUUCUGCUCGGAAAAUAUCUCCACGGUCAAACAAUAAUAAAUAAGAGACAAAAGAAAGAGAAAAAUAAAGAGAAAGAGAAAGAGAAAGAGGAAGAGAAACCGGCCAUGAAGCUCUCCCUCGCUGGGACGGCCCUGGCCCUCCUCUCCACCAUCAACGCUCAGACCUUCUCCGACUGCAACCCUUUAUCAGAUUCAUGUCCUCCCGUCCCCGCGUUGGCCAAGUCCGCCACCUUUGACUUCACCGAGGGUCAUCAAUCCGGUUUCAAAGAGGUCGGGAAACCCUCUUUUGACGACGAUGGCAUCGGUUUCUCCGUCGCCGAUCAAGGCGAUGCCCCCCUAAUCCAGUCCGGUUGGUACAUCAUGUUUGGUCACGUCGAGUUCGUCAUCAAGGCUGCCCCCGGAACGGGCAUCGUCAGCAGUGCCGUCCUACAGUCCGACGACCUCGAUGAGAUUGACUGGGAGUGGCUGGGUGGGAACAAUGCCCUCGUCCAGAGUAACUACUUCGGCAAGGGAAACACCGACACCUUCAACCGCGGGGCCACGCACGACAACCCGGGCAACCAUGAUGACUUCCACACCUACACCAUCGACUGGACCGAUUCCCAGAUCGUCUGGCAGAUUGACGGCAAGACCGUCCGCGUCGUCACCCCAGAGACCGCCGCCGAGGAUCAGUAUCCCCAGACCCCCAUGACCGUCAAGGUCGGCGUCUGGGCGGGAGGAGAUCCUGACAACCCGCAGGGCACCAUUGACUGGGCUGGAGGCUCGACUGAUUAUGGGGCCGGCCCAUACACCAUGUACCUGAAGUCCCUCAAAGUCACAGACUACUCCACCGGCUCGACCUACGCGUAUGGGGACCAGAGUGGAUCGUGGAAGUCCAUCAAGGCCGAGGGCGGUCGGGUCAAUGGUAACAGUGGUGCUGCGUCCUUUUCCAGUGUCGAGUCUGCCCCUACCGUGACAGCAACGGUUGACAGUGCCCCUCUUCCCUUCAGUGGUACGCACCGGGAGACGACGAGCUUUGUAACGCCGAACAUCUGGCCCUGGGUGGCCACGGCGACGCGGCCGUCGUCUGAGGGCACGUUGCCGCCGCUGCCCAAUGGCUGGACGUAUUCGGGAUCGGGGCUAGUCCAGCCGCCUGGAGCGGCCUCUGUGAUUUAUCUCCCCAUCUACAUUACUUUCAUCGCCUUCUGUGCCGGUCUCAGCAUUCCUUUCCUGUACUGAGGGGGAUUCCCACUGCAGUUCUACCAUCUCGAAUUCUCCUCUCGGUCCGUCGACCAGCACCACGACCGCUUCUUCUUCUUCUUCUUCUUCUUCUUCUUCUUCUGUUGUUACUACUAGAACUACUACCACACCGGACGGAACCCCCACCCAGUCUGACGGUCCGCAUGCGACGAGCGUAUCUCACCCGACGGACGAUUCUCCUUCUCCUACGGAUUCUUCGCAUAUCGCCCCCAGUGUGGAUGGUGGCAGUGUGCUACGCCCUCCAAUGGCACUGGCCCUGUGCAUGCUGUUGUGGGGCGUUGGUGUGUGGUGAGCGGGUCGGAUAUGGCGACAGACCGGAUGAGAUACGAGAGCAUGACGAGAUGACAUUAUUGUACAUUAAUAGAUAGCGUUCUGAUUAUGGGGGACGAGUUAUGAAUUCACGAGUAUUGCAUUGGUACA